AUGGAGAAUUCAAAGAAAGGGGAAUUGCCUAUUGAUACUACUAUCAAGUUGAGUAAGAAUCCAAGUCCAAGUACUGAUGAAGAUAUAGCUGACAUGAGUCGAGGAAAUCCUGGCAGAUCCCAUUGGAUUGCAGUGAAGAAUAUUCUCAAAUAUCUGCGAAGAAUGAAAUACAUGUUCCUAGUUCUUAGCAGCAGUGAUACGUUAAGAUUGAGUGGUUAUAGUGAUGCUAGUUUUCAACUAGACUGGGAUAACUUUUUUUUGCAGUCUGGUUGGGUAUUCUUACUAAAUGGAGGAACCGUUACAUGGAAAAGUUCCAAGCACUACACAAUGGCUGAUUCCACAAGUGAGUCUGAUUACAUUGCAGCGAGUGAAGCAUCGAAUGAAGCGGCUUGCCUGAAGAACUUUAUUGGAGAUCUUUGA